AUGACGGUGAAACGCCGCAAUCACGGACGCAACAAGAAGGGCCGCGGACACGUGCGCUUCGUCCGUUGCACGAACUGUGGCCGCUGCUGCCCAAAGGAUAAGGCGAUUAGAAAGAUGGUUGUGAGGAACAUUGUCGAAGCGGCCGCCGUGCGGGAUCUCUCCGAGGCGUCAGUCUACGAGCAAUACGCUCUCCCAAAGUUGUACCACAAAUUGUUGUACUGUGUCGCGUGUGCCAUCCACAGCAAAGUCGUCAGAAAUCGCUCACGAGAGGCUCGCAAAGAUCGCAAUCCUCCACCUCGCUUUGGGCCUCGUCCCGGCGGUGGACCCGGAGCUCCAAGACCCGGCCAGGCACCAAAGCCC